AUGAAUCUAAAGGCUUACAUUUAUCUAUUUUGUCUACUCUGCUUGCUGCAUUCGGCAGAUGCUAUUUGUGCUGAAAAUGAUUAUGUUUUAAGCGCAUCUGCAAACAACUUACAGUUUUGUUCAGAAAUUAUUCAAGAAAAGCCAAGUAUUGUUUCCGUAUGGUUUACAAUUGGUUUUAAUUUAACACAACAUUUUGGUUAUUUUUGCUUUACGUUGGUUACCAUUAGUGUCGCCAGCGGAAACAAGGAAACAAUGGAAAGCAAUUUUCACCGCGUAAACAUUACCGACUAUACAGAACUCACUGAUACGAACAAUAGUUUAACUAUUAAAGAAUUAAAUCCUGGUCAGCAUGAGAUUUGUGUUCAGUUUUUAGAUCGAGUAACAAUGUUCAUCUAUGUGCCACGUGAUGGAUGUCUCAGGAUACAAGUGGGAAUUAUUCCUCCUUCAUUUAAACAGGAUUCUACAUCACAAUUUAUUAUUUUAACUGGUACAAUUGUUCUCUUUUUUAUAAUGGGUCUUCUUGUACAAAAUCACAAAAGUAGGCGAGAUCGAAAGCAGCAUGAGUUGGAAUUUGACGAUGAGACCGAUACACGAACGCGAUCAUAUACAAAUGCAUCAACUUUAUCGAAACGAACUAAUUUUCUCAAAAACUUAUUUCAUAAACAUAUUGAUCAACCAGAAUUGACGAAAGUGCAAUUAUGGGCAAAGUCGAGAUAUCGGCAUCGUUUAUCAGCAGAUAUUUCUCCUCAACGAGAAUUAAAUAAUACAAGAAGUCGAAAACACCAUCGCUCACAUCAAGUAAAUAUCCCGACCAUAAGUGAUGGUCAACAUAGUACAUCAUUGUCAUCGCGUUACUCUAUUGAGUCAGAGAGCGAUAAUAAAAAUAGAAUAACAUUCGCUCCAUUGUCACCAAUAACAGAGUUUGAGAAUGAAAGCGAGAGGGUGUAA